AUGACUACGCCUGUGGAGGUAAUCCGAAACUUGUCGGAGCAACUAGAUGAAGAAGCAACUCCUCCCCCAUUACAGGUCGUCGGAAAUGAGCCUCCAUCGAACAUACCGAGGGAGGAACCGACCCCUGGUGCUGAAAGUUCGCUCCUCGGAGAUGGUAGUUCCACCAUAACGCUCACCUUGGAAAAUCUGAAGUCUUUAAUCGCGGCGGCAGCAAGGGGGCCGUCGCCGCAGGGAAGAGCGGAGGACACGACCGCUAAAAGAAAAACGGCAGGUAGCGAGGAGGCCAGGCAGCAGACCGGCGAGCUCGAGGAUUUCCUUCCGGAUGAGGAUGAGGGGAUGGCGGGAACGCCAUUCACCGAAAGGCUGCAGCACGGAGAAUUGCCCGCUACUUUCAAGCAUGUCACAUACGAAUACACCGGGAUCACGGACCCCUGGGAGCACCUGUCAAGGUUUAUUACCUCUGCCUCCCUCCAUCGACUAACGGACGGCGUGAAAUGCCGGGUAUUCGCAACCACGUUAGCGGGCCCAGCCCAGAGAUGGUUCAGCCAACUCCCGCGCUGCUCGGUGCACAGUUUCGCGCAAUUCAGUGAAGUGUUCCUAAACCACUUCGCUAGCUCGAAAAAGCAAAAAAGAAGCACCCUCACCUUGUUCGCGGUACGACAGAAGGAGAACGAGCCCCUAAGGAGCUACGUACAAAGGUUCAAUACGGCGACUUUGGAGGUCCCUGCCACCAGCGAGGAAGUACUCAUCAACGCGUUAGCACAAGGACUGCGCAUGGGGGAAUUCUUCGACUCCCUCUCCAAGAAGGCCCCCGUCUCCUUUAACGACCUGCUCAGGAGGGCAGAGAAAUACAUAAACGCAGAGGAGGCCCGAAGGAGCAGGACCAUGGAUAGCACACCACCAGCAGAAAGGCGGAGAGAGAGACCCCGCGAGGAAAUAAGGAAGCAGGAGCCCACCCCUAGACGGGAGCCGGGCAUGGACAGGCGGGUGGGCCCUCGCUUCGAAAACUAUGCGCCUCUCUCCUCGGCCCCCUCGGAAAUACUGAUCGCCAUUGCCAACCACCCUAAGCUCAAGUGGCCCCGAACUUACGCAGAGGUCCCAAGAAAGCCCGCUAACUCCGGGCCCUAUUGUAGAUUCCAUAAUGAGCAUGGUCAUUCCACUGACGAAUGCCAGCACUUAAGAGAUGAAAUCGAGAGACUGAUCAGGGGCAAGAAUCUUUCGGAGUUCGUUGGCGGUAAUCCCAGUGGGAUAAGGCAGGCCAAGAAGGGAGAUAGCUCGAACCGGCCUCCGACCAACGCGAGCGGAACUACAGAGACGGUGAGGCCCCCUAAUAGUUACAUUCACACGAUCUUCGGGGGCCCCAUCGGUGGAGACUCGAACAGGUCCCGACGGGCGCACCUACGAGAGUUGCAGGAGCUAAGGGGAGAACUCGCCAUGAUGUACCGGGUAUCGAUAGCCCCGCCGAUCACGUUCGGAGUGCAAGACGAGACUGGAAUACAACAACCGCACAACGACGCGUUGGUCAUCACAGCCAUGGUAGCCAAUUAUGACGUGGCCAGAAUAUUGGUAGAUACGGGUACACUACUAGAAAAUCUAUUUCUAGUGACGCCGCAAAUCGUCACCAAAUGUGGGUUUUUGUGA